CCGAAAUUUCGGAUAUAAACGUUGACCCAAUGUAUUAUGCUGCAGUGAGGGAUUUUAUGAUGCAUGGCCCUUGCGAUAAUGAUGCAAAGUCUGCGCCUUGCAUGGUUGACGGUAAAUGUACCAAGCACUUUCCUAAAAAAUGGUGUGCAGAGACAACAGUGGACGACGACGGUUAUCCAAUGUAUAAGAGGAGAUAUGAUGACCGCAGAAUAACCAAUAAUAAGGUUGAUUUGGACAAUAGGUUUGUUGUUACGCACAGUCGUUAUUUAUUGAUGAAAUAUGGAGCCCAUAUGAACGUAGAGCGGUGUAAUCAGUCAAGGUCAAUCAAAUAUUUGUUUAAAUACAUAAACAAAGGCCGUGACUGGGUCAUGGCAGGGUUUUACCAGACAGUUGAUGGUGAUGCAGGACAAAAGCCAGUUGAUGAGAUACAAAUGUACUAUGAAUACAGAUACAUUUCUGCUUGCGAGGCUGCUUGGCGCAUAUUUGGGUUUGAAAUUCAAUAUAAGACCCCGCAUGUUGAACGUCUGAGCUUCCAUUUACCGGAAGAGCAAAGUGUUGUUUUUCGCGAUGAUCAGCCACUGGAUUCAGUGGUUCGCGCAUCUUCUGUUAAGGAUAGUAUGUUCACGGCAUGGAUGGAGGCCAAUAAGAAGUACCCGGAAGCAAGACUUUUGACGUAUGCAGAGUUUCCUCAGAAGAUUGUUUGGAAAAAGAAGACAAGAGAAUGAGCUCCCAGAAAACAACCAUUCGCUAUUGGUAAAGUCUACUAUGUCCAUCCCGGUAGCGGUGAAUCUUAUUACAUCCGAUGUCUUUUGAAUCACAUUCGUGGUGCAACAAGUCAUCAGGAUUUGAGAACCUUGAAUGGUGUCAAUUAUGAUUUUUUUCGUGAUGUGUGCUAUGCAUUGGGCUUGCUCGACGAUGAUAAAGAAUUCAUUGAUGCUUUUGUUGAGGCAAGUCAUUUCUCGUCUGCCUAUUGUUUGAGGAUUCUAUUUGUAAUAUUGUUAUGGACAGAGUCAAUGGCUAAACCGGAGUACGCUUGGAAAAAAUAUUGGUCUUUCAUGGCUAAUGACAUACAAUAUAUGUGAAGGCGAAUAUUACAGCAUCCAGAUCUAAUUCUUUCUAACGACCAAUUAGAGAGGUUUGCUUUGGAAGAAAUAGAAAGGUUGUUACAAACCCG